CAUGGUUUGGGUGCUGGUGGACAGCAUGGUUUGGGUUGCUCACACGGCUUGGGGCAACAUGUGGGUGCUGGUGGGCAUGGUUCAGGGCAACAUGGAGUCACUUCAGGGCAUGUUUGGGGGCACUUGGCUGGUGCGCAGUUUACGUAUUUCAUCAAAUCCAUCAAGCUCUCUCUAAUAUCAGUGCAGGAUUCUUCGGCUGGUGUUGACUUAGAGCACAUUCUUAGACUGCUUUGGAUGCUUUAUUUGCACUUCCAAUUGGUUUCAAUCAUCUGGGAUCACUUGAUCAGAAUUGCUCUUGUCAUUUCUUCAUCCAAUUUCAAUAUCAUGUUCUCGCUUGCUGGUUCCAAGUCAUCUCUUUUAGACUCCGUUCAAUCGAAAUGGAGACGAAGUCAGAAUGUGGGAACGAAUAGUGGUGUCACCAACGUCUUGGCAAAGCGACCGAAGGAGUGCAGCAUGGCUUGGGACAGCAAGUGGGUUCUGGUGGACAACAAGGUUCCACUGGUUGGCAUGGAUCUGGGCAACAUUGGGUCACCUCUGGACAUGGUUGAGGGCACUUGGCGAGCUGGUUCGGGUUCUUCGCAUGGAUUGGGGCAGCAAGUGGGUGCUGGUGGACAGCAUGGUUUGGGCUCUGGUGGGCAGCAUGGCUUGGGAGCUGGUGGGCAACAUGGUUUGGGUGCUGGUGGGCAACAUGGUUUGGGUGCUGGUGGACAGCAUGGUUUUGGUUGCUCACACGGCUUGGGGCAACAUGUGGGUGCUGGUGGACAUGGUUCAGGGCAGCAUGGAGUCUCUUCAGGGCAUGUUUUGGGGCACUUGGCGGGUGCGCAGUUUAUGUAUUUCAUCAAAUCCAUCAAGCUCUCUCUAAUGUCGGUGCAGGACUCUUCUGUAGAUGCUGAUCUAGUGCACAUUCUUUGA